UUGAAUUAUGGCCAAAUGUCAGCCAGCUUGUUCCCAUGAGACUCGGUUGUUAUAAACUUCCCACCACAAACAAACAAACAAACAAACUAUUAAACAAAACCUUACUAAAAUCCCCACUCAAAACACUCCAUAAACCCUUCAAAAUCGCUUCUUGAAUCUUGAAUCCCACCAAAGUUUCAAACUUUCUUGAUCACAACUUCCAAAAACAGGACCCCAAACCCUCAAAAUGCUCAACAUUUUCAACAAAAACCUCCGGCGACUCUGCUCAAAGCUCCGGUGGCCGGUGCGCCGCCGUUCAAAGCCUAAAGUUAUCAUCAAAAGAUUCGGAAGAUCAAAUUCUAGAAAUCAAGAUUCACUAAACUCAAAUGGGUCAGCCACAAUUCACCCAAAUAACCAUUUGGGUAUCCCAAAAUCACAAAAUCCAAUCAGAAUUGCAACUUUUAAUGCUGCUUUGUUCUCCAUGGCUCCUGCAGUCCCAGAGUUGACCAAAAAAGGUCAAAGCUUUGACCUUUUAGAAGAUGAUCAACAUAAUCAAGAUGACCCAAAGGUAGUUUUUAAUUCUACAGUGUCUUAUGUUAAUUCAAGGUCAAAAUCUAUGGUUGAUAGGCCUAAAAGUAUAUUAAAGCAAUCACCUUUACAUUCAAGUUCAAUGAGUAGUUCAGAAAUGUUGACUAAACAGCAGAAAUUUGCAAAGUCAAAGUUAAGGGUAUCGAUUAAUUUACCGGAUAAUGAGAUCUCGUUGAAGCGAAGCGGGCAGUUGAGCUUUGUUACGGACGAAAAUGAACCCGACCCGGAUUCGAAAAGUGGUGGUUCCAAGGGUAUAAGUAGGAUUUUGAAAGGAAAAGGUGUUUUGAGAUCACAGAAUAGUUUUUCUGCAAGAGAGUUUGAAAGUCAAAGGGGGAGUUAUAGGUCAACCAAGACUGUUGUUGAGGUUUUGAGAGAAUUGGAUGCUGAUAUUUUGGCUUUACAAGAUGUGAAAGCUGAAGAGGAAAAAGAUAUGAAACCUUUAUCUGAUUUGGCUGCUGCUUUGGGUAUGAAUUAUGUUUUUGCUGAGAGUUGGGCACCCGAAUAUGGUAACGCGGUUUUGUCAAAAUGGCCGAUUAAAAGAUCGAAAGUUCAGAAGAUUUUCGAUGAUUCGGAUUUCAGGAACGUUUUAAAGGCGACAAUUGAUGUUCCACAAACCGGAGAAGUUGAUUUUCAUUGUACCCUUCUUGAUCAUCUUGAUGAAAAUUGGCGAAUGAAGCAAAUAAAUGCAAUCAUCGAAUCUAAUGAGAGACCACACAUCUUAGCCGGAGGUAUCAACUCUCUUGAUGAAACAGACUAUUCGUCCGAAAGAUGGACCGACAUUGUUAAGUACUAUGAAGAAAUGGGAAAACCGACACCAAAAGUUGAAGUGAUGAAGUACUUAAAGAGCAAACAGUACACCGAUGCUAAGGAUUUUGCAGGCGAAUGUGAAUCUGUAGUCAUUAUCGCUAAAGGCCAAAAUGUGCAGGGUACAUGCAAAUACGGUACUAGAGUAGAUUAUAUAUUGGUGUCACCCGAUUCACCUUACAAGUUUGUUCCCGGAUCAUAUAUGGUUUUAUCAUCUAAAGGAACUUCUGACCAUCACAUAGUCAAAGUUGAAGUAACAAAGGUAGAUGAACCGAUUCAACAACCGUACGUUAGAAGACAUCGACAUCCUAAACAAAAAGUUGUGAAGAUAACAAAUUCUAAUUCAUCAAAAGGGGCAUGGAAAAUGCAAACUUUAGAUAGAUAGUAGCGAUAUAGAGAUGAUUAACUUUAUAUAGAAGAGGGUUCAGAUGAGAAUUUUUGAAUAAAUAGGCGGUUCCUAGUUAUUUAGUGAUUCUCAUUUGAACACGCCCAACUUUAUAUAUACGUAUACGUCUAUUCUUUCCUUUUUUUUUCUUUUCUUUUUUUUUUUGUUUUGAUUGGAAUGAGUUUUGUGUUUGUUGAGAGGAAGCUUGAGAGUAUCUUACCAAUGUAAAAAUUUAUAUAUUUGUUUAGCUUUUUAUUGUAAGUAUUGUGAUUUUGUUUCUUGAA